GUCAUUGAGUGCGCGAGUUGAUACGAUAUUUGCAAGCAUAUACAUCAUCUUUUCCAUGAAUGCAUUUUAGCCAUUGUUAAUACGGCCAUCUUAUAUUAUAUUAUCUAAAUAAAUACAUAGAUUAUUAAGUAAAUUAAUAAAUACAUAACUUUAUUGACGAUUGUAGACAGUGUCUACUAGAUACAAAAAUAUUAAAUUAAUUUUUCUUAUAAUAUAAAAUGUUUCAAAUUUAGUCCACAUUAUAUUUUAUUAUAAUUUAAUAUAGUUAUUUUCAUUAGGUAUGGUAUUCUUAGUUUUUCCUCGUUGUUUCAUUACUCAUGGUUAAAUAAUUAAUAAUACCUAAUACAUAUACAGGUAUAUCAUUUACAAGAACAGUCAACUGCCUAGUGUUAAGAGUUUGAAACUAAAAAUGCAUUCUGUUUCGAAGAGAAGAAGGUAAUAUAAUCCACUUUUUUUCAUUUUUAAAAAGUAAUUUUGUUUACAUGGUAUUAAUCUCAAUUUAAACUUGGUUAUUUUUUUUUAGACUUUCGCCAAACAUGGUUAUAGACGAUAAAAAAAAAUAUCCAGUAAAUAGAGAUUUUGUAGUUUGCGAAGGAUUAUAUGAAAAGUGCUUCAGUAAAUUUAAUGAAAUGAGGAGGUAAUUUUAUUCAGUUACACUGAACAAAGAUCUAUUUAAUUCAUCCUUAUUUAAUUAAUUUGUUAUAGUAAUCAACAACUAUGUGAUGUUAAACUUAAAACCAAAAAUGGUGAUAUUAUUUGGGCUCAUAAAGUUGUUCUUGCAGCCAACAGUGAAUACUUUAAUAUAAUGUUUAAUGGCCAAUUUAAAGAAUCCAGAGUCGCAGAAAUUGUUAUUCAACAAUUAGAUGUAUUCAUAUUAAAUCUGUUGAUUGAUUUUAUUUAUACAUCUAAAUUAUUCAUAUCUGAACAAAAUAUACAUGUGAAUUAAUUGUUUACUUUAAAUUUAUUAAUGUAACUUAUUAUAUAAUGUUCUUUAAAAAUUUGUUUAGGAAAUUCUAAAUGGAAUCUGCUUACUACAAUUUAAUGAACAAGUCCAAAAUCAAUGUUUUAACUAUAUUAAAACAAGAGUUAAUCCUAACAAUUGUCUAGGAAUAAAAGAAAUAACAGAACACUUAGGGUUACAAGAGUUAUGUUCAUUUUGUUUGAAAUAUAUUUUCAUACUCUACAGGUAAUAUACAUUAUUAGAUAUGUUAGAAAAUAUAAUUAUAUACAGAUAAACUACUGUUUUAACCCAUGUUAUAUUUAGCAUUUUUCUUAAAAACCAUUACUCGGGUGCCUCUAAUUUCCUUUUUCAACUGAAUUAUCCAGGUUUUGCUACCUAACAACCUUUUACUUAUAUAAAUCUUUUAAGGUAUCUUCCUGAUAUAAAACUGACGCAAAUAGUAAUAAUAAUAAAAUAAAGUAAUGAAUUCUGUGGCUUUUAUCUUGGAAAGUUCUAGUUUGCUUGCACAAUAUUACUUAUUAUGUAUAUUUGUUUUUUGUUACAUUGCUUCCUUAAUAUAUAAAAUAUUGCACUUAUUUUAUUUGCACGUUAUCCAAUCUAUGUUAAGUAAAACAAGCUCAGUUUUAUUUUUGUGUAAUUGUAUUCCGUAUUUAUUUCUGUUUCUAUGCUGAAUGCUAUGUCAUGAAUAUAUCGCAAAGUAUUAAUAUUUCGAACCUCUUUUUAUAUUUUAUUCUCAAUUUUCGCAUUGUCUUUUCAAUGUACUUGUUGCAUAGUAUGUUUUCAUAAAUUAUUCACUAAUAUAAAAUUACCACAUUAAUUUUUUUAUUAUUUCUCUCUUUUUAGAUUCUAAGCGGAGCGAAUAAAGAAUUGGUUUUACUGUGUGUUUUCUUUUAUUAUUAUUUUUUUUUUUUUUAAUUCUGAGCGUAGCUUAUUUUAUUUUGCAAUUAAAUAAUUUUUCUACCAAAAACUUGCUUCAAUUAAAUAAUAACCUUUUUUGCUGCAUUUUGAAUCUAGUUGGUAAGUAAGAAAGGAUAUUUCUGAAGGAUAGUGUCUUGUUUAUGAGUUUUUGUUUUCUUAAAGGACUAUCUUACUCAACAAUUUUUUUUUGGCUUAAAUUAUAGUACAUACUACACAGUAUGAUGAAAAAAAGCGAUAUCACUGAAAUUAGUUUGUGACUAUCCAUUCACUAGUUAUGAUGAUUUUUAAUAUUGUGCGUGGUAUUACAGUUUCGUUCACUUUGACGGCGUCCAUAUAUAAUAUACGGAAAUAUUUUUUUUAUUUUUGGUUUUAGUAAAAUAACUGCUAAUGAACUUAUUUUUUUUCGAAUGGCCUAAUCAUAUAUAUUUAAGACUACUUCAUAAUCUUUCUAUUUGUAAAAUUAUAUCACAUUUUGGUUUAAUAUUAAUCAAAAUAAUAACAAUUAUACUAAAAUACACCACUGUCAUAAGAGUGCUGCUAUGAGUUUAUUUUUAAUUUUAUAAUAAUAUGUUAACAUCAAUGUUUAUUUUUCAUAACAAUGUAGUCUUAUCGCCGUAUUAAAGUUAUAAAUAUCUUUGUGAUUAUAAUAUUUCGAAUAAGUAGUAUCGUCAAAACAAUAUCAUUCACAGUGAAUGUUUGGUAAAUUUAUAAUAUUUUUGUAAUCUUUUUCUAUUAAAGUUUUCUGUAAUAAAAUAAUUAUUGAUUUUUCGAGUUUAAUAAUUGAGGGGAGAAGUAAGUUUACAAAACUAAAAGUUACAUUAUUUUAAAUUUUGUUUUAUUGUUACUUAGUUAAAAUUAUUCAAAGAAACUUGAAUUUUUCACAAAAUACUUAUAUUUGCCUUUUAUAAAGACGUGAUUGAAUUUUCAAAACAUCUUGACGAUUUUAAAGCUAUUUAUAAGCAUUUAAAGUACAUUUUUUCUUUUUUUUUGUAGGUUCUUUGUGUAGGUUUAUUAUAAGUUGUACUUGAUGGUAAAAAAGAGUUGAAUUUAAUGUAAUAGUAUUUUUUUUUUUUAUAAGAGUUCUAAGAAAAAGAAGUUUAACAAAAAAAUUUUAAAAUUAUGGUAUUUCAAAAUAUAUAUGACUGAACUUUGUUCAGAAUCGUAUUUUGUUAGCAAUGGUUUAUUGUUGCUUACAGAUAUAAAUUAAAUAGCUUUAUGCAUCCUACCCUUCCAUUUCCCCACCUACAACAAUGACACACCCAUCAGUAGUAUCAGUACUUAUUUAUUUGACAUUUUAUUGAGUAACUAAAACAAAAAAGUAUCUAAAAAGUAUUUAAGUAUCUUAAACAAUUAGUUUUUUUAUUUUGUUAAUUUCAUAAUUUAUAUUAUUCUUUAUAUUAAAUACAAAAUUGUUUUUUUCUAUAGGAAAGUAAUUGAACAUGAUGAAUUUGUAUUUAUUACUUUUGAAGAAAUAUUACAAAUUAUUAAAAGCGAAGAAUUGUGCGUCAGUGAAGAAUUAGUGAGUAAAAAAUUUGUAAUCUCUAGUUAUUAAUAAUAUUUCCUCAAUUAUACUAUGACUAUACAAUUAAUAAUCAUUACUAUAAUUUGUUUAUUCUUAAAUUUAUGUUUAGUAAAUUUAUUUUGUUUUACUUUAUUAUUCUAUCUUAUUUUUAAUGAACUUAUCCAUGUAUUUUUUAAAUUUUAUCUUGUAAUAAUUAUAAAUAAAUAAUUUUUCUAUCAUGAUUAGGUGUAUAAAUCUGUGUUAAAGUGGACAGUGCAUGACUUAGCUAAUCGUACAAAGCAUUUACCAGUCUUGUUGAAUUAUGUACGCUUGCUAAAUAUUUCUACUUCUUUUAUGAAAUCAAUAACUCAAAAGGAACCAUUUCUGAAAUUAAACAGCAAAUGUAAAUUAGAAAUAAUAUAUUUCUUGACAUAUAUUCAAUCAAUCUUUAUAUUUUAACAGGUGUGAAAUAUUUAUCUAAAGCUUUUGCUCUUCAACAGGAGAAUAAUGCUAUAUUAAACCUAACAUACUCUAUUAGUAUUCCAUUUCGUCCAAAUUAUUCAGAAGUAAAUAUAUUUAAUUUUACCUAUUAUAAUUGUUUAUUUUAUUAGUAUUUUGUUUUUAUUAUUAUUAUAUUUAUUGCACUUAAUUCUUAUUAUUUUAAUUACAAUUGAGUAAUUUUAUAUAUUGUUGCAGUAUAUUUUAAUUUUGAAUAAAGUUGGAGAAAAUAAUAAUCGUUCACUUUUGUUUAAUGCAAUAUCAAAAAAAUGGAAGUAUAUAGAUUUGAGAUUUCCAAGUAUUCCCAGUAUUGCAUCUUAUGUGCUUAAUGAUAGCCGCAUUAUACAUUUAGCUGGUUGUCAACUAUUGAAUUCACAGACUAAUGCAGUUUUACGCCCUUAUUUUGAUGAUUAUUCUAAAGCAGUAAUUCAAGAAUUAGGGGAUAGAAAAGUAAAUCUAACAACUACUACACCAAUGAAUGAAAUACACAAUGAAAACAACAUUGUUCAAAUUGGCAGUAAAAUUUAUGUGGUAUAUUACAAAUUCAAUAUAAUUUUAAUGAUUAUCACUUAAUUAAUAUUAUUUAUAGGUGUGUUAUUAUAAUAGUGAAUACUAUGAUAUUGUUGAAGAUAAAUGGUUUAAAAUGAAGUGUUCAACAAAUGUUAGAACUUCUUGUAGCGUUAUUGCUUUUGGUGGUUAUAUUUAUGCUGUAAGAGAUUAAAUAAUAUAAAUUAAUUAAUUAAAAUUAUAAUUACAAACCGUAGUAUUUGGUUGAAAUUUAUUUAUUUAUUUUAAAUUUAAAUUUUUGAUUACUAGAUUGGUGGAAAUAUUGGAAGAAGUGAUACUAAUUUAGUAGAAAAAUAUAACCCAGAAACGGCUGAGUGGACUACUGUCUCUCCAAUGAAAUAUAAAAGAAGAAGUGUUUCGCUUUGUGUAUUGAAUGAUUGUAUAUAUGCUAUAGGAGGUGCAGGACGUGUGAGUACUUUUUUAAAAGAAGUGGAAAAGUAUAAUCCUAUUACUGAUACUUGGGAAGAUGUGGUUAGCUUAAAGCAUGGUAGAAACACUGCAGGUUAGAUUUUUAAUUAAUUACCAGUAUAAUUACUAUUUGCUUAUUCUUUUUAUUAAGAAAUUAUUGUAAUUUUGAAUUUUGUAUAUUUUCAAAAUAGGUGCUGCUUCUAUAAAUGGAUAUCUCUAUGUGUUUGGCGGUGGUAAUAAAAUCUAUACAAUUGAAAAAUAUUGUCCUUUUAAGAAAAAUUGGACUGUAUUGGAACUACGAAUUCCGAAAGCCUUUGGUAGGACUACUACAUGUACUGCUUUUACAAUUCGACGUGAACAUCAACAUAAAUUUUUGAGUUUUUGUCAAACUAAAUUUAGGUUUGAAAUAGGUUCAAAUUAAAUUCCUAUUAUGUAUUAUUUAUCAUAUAUGUGAUUAUGAAAUAUUACACUUUAAUCAAUAAUUUAUUACAAUAUAUAUGUAUUAGGGUGGUUCUUAUUUUAUAGAUAAUGAAAAUAAAGUUAAAUAUUUUAAAUGUGUUUUUAAAAUUUAAUUAAAAAACUUGCAUUAAAAUAAAAAUGUACCAGACCUUUGUUAUAGGAUAUCAAAUUGUCUAUAAAAAAAAAAAAUGUCUUGACAAAGUUUCUCGUAAAUUAAAACAUUUCUGAUAAAAUCAAUAAAAUACUUAUUACGUAAUAAAGCAUUUUCAAAGCUAUGCUAAACUUUGUCAAGACUAUUUUUUUUUUGGGUUGAGUUAUCAUCACCAAAUUCACUCUCAUAUAUUGAUAAAUGAAAUAAUGGGAGUUUGAUCAAAAUUAUCUAACUUUUUUUUUCUUCAUCUAAAAUUAAGUUCCACUGUAAUAUAUAUAUAUAUGUAUUUAUAAAUAAUACAUACAUACUUACAUUUAAUAUUUAUAAUUUUAAAGAUUUUCAAUAAUUAGUCCAACAUAAUUUUUAGCAUUAUAAUGGAUUCAUUAAUCUAGUGUUUCUCAACUAGUGAUAGGCAUAAAAAAAAGUAGAAAAUCCAUAGUAGUUUAAAGUUUUCUGUGUGAAUGUGUUUUUAAUGUUUUCAUCUUUGUUAAAAUGCGCACGCUUCUUUGACUCUGAACUAUGUAUGAAAAUAUUAGCGGCAAACUGCGUGCUUUGACAGUGGGUUGUGGGCGCAGCACGUGUUUGUAGUGAAUUAAAAAUUACUCCGCUCCCCACUUGUUUUAAAUAUUAAAUAAACAAUUUUUGUCACAUACAUAAACACCCUUUUUUUGAUUUGAACCUAACUGGUUCGAGGGUUGUUUAAUAAGUAAAUUAAGUGCUAUAAAAUCUUUUUUAAUGUAUACUUGUGUUCUUUACGUAUUCUUUGCAUAUACUUUUUUUUUACUUUUCAACAUAAUCCAUCUUUACACAAAUACAUCCAUCUCACUGCUUCAUAUUUCUUUGGACUGAUCUUUGACCCAUUUAUUCAUGUUCUUUGACUUAAUUAUUUUGAAAAUAUUUCUGCAUUAAUAAUUUCUGAGUGUUUCAAACCAAUGGAAAUCAGAAGGUGCCAAGUCUGGACUGUAGGGGUGGUGUGGGAGAACAUCCGAACCCAUUUCUUGUAAUAAAUCUUGUGCCUUCCUGGUGUUUUGAGGGGUGGCAUUGACUUUUUGAAGAAUCUCCCUUUGUCAUCAUGUCAAGACAUACAUGUUGUUUCUAUUAAAUUGCUAGAUUUAUAUGGUCUUUUAGAAGUUGUGAGUAUGAUUGUGAGUUCACAGUACAUCUUUUUUUUGAUAAAAUGACUGAGAAUCGCACCUUUUGUAUUUCAAAAUAUAGUCAAGAACUUUAUUUGCAGAUGAGCAUGAUUUGAAUUUUUUGGUGGAUGUCGAUUCAAGAUACUUCCAAACCAUGCUUAAUUUUUUGUUUCUGGUUUAUAAUGGUACACUCAUGUCUCAUCACAGGUUACAAUUUUUAAGUUCUAUGCAAUUUUUGGGGUGAUUUUUCUUAUUAGUGUCAAUAUUUUAGGAAUCCAUUUGGGACUAAUAUUCACAAAUUCAGAUUGACGUGAAUAAUUUUAUGGAUGGUAAAUUUGAGUGAAAUUUCUUCAAUAGUUACUCGUCUAUUUGCCAAAAUCAAAUUUAAAUGUUGUUUUUAAACACAGGCAUUGAAAUUUCAACUGGACAUCCUCUUCGCUGUUUAGUGUACACUUUUUCGGACAUUUGUAAAUUUCUAGAUACACAAAUAAAAAUUUGCAUGGUUCAUACACAUACUACCAUAUUGUGUGACCAUUCUGUGGUAAAAUUUAUAAGGCUUAACUAGUUCCACCAUUAAAAUUGAAUAGCAUUGGUCAGUGGGUGUACUAUCUUUCUGAACAGGGACAUCACUUUGGGCUUCACUGGAAAAUGAACAAUUAAGUAUGUUGACCAAAUAACUUUUGCAAGGUGUAGUCAACACAUUACUAACAAAAUGCUAUAUUUAGAUAGUUUUUAUCAUCUUUCAUUCUCCUCCUACAAUGAUUUGUCUGUUUAAUUGUUGAAAAACUCUCAUAUUUAAUAUAAUAAUAUGAUAGGUGGUGGAGUUACAGAUCAAGAAAUACUUUCUAGUGUACUUCAAUGAAACAAACUAUUACCAAAGUUUGUAUGGUUUAAUGAAAUUCAGUUCCUAAUUUUCCUUAUUCUGCCAUUCAUAUAUAUGCCAUAUUGCCAUAAAAUAAAAGUAAAAAUGUGUGCCUCGCAGAGUUAAGUGGUGUAUGGAGGAUUGGUUGGAAGUCGAAAAAUAUGUAAAUAAAAAGGUUGAGAAACGCUGUAUAAUUUAUUUUAUUUACUUAUUGUGUUAAAUAAUAAACACUAUGUGCAUUUCUAUUAUUAUUUGUAGUGAUACAAUAUAUAUUUUGUAUUUUUUUUCUUAAAUUUAAAUCUAAAUUGAAUUCCUAUUUUCUCAUUAUGUGUAAUUUAUUUUAUUUAAUUACUGUCAUAAAAUGUUGUGCUUUAAACAAUAUUGUAAUAAUACUAUUAUAUUUAUAAGUUUUCAUCAAAUAUUCCAAUAUAAUAUUGUAUUACUGCCAUUUUAAUUUUACUUAAUGUUUGUUAAUGUAUUCUCUUUUUCUAAAGUAUAACAAUAAUUAUAUAAUUACUAGUUAAGAUACUUUAUUAGUUUAAUGUACUACUGUAGAUAAUAAUUAGUAGUUUUAGUAUGAUAAUUAAUAUUUUAAUGUGUGCCAAACAUUGCAAAUUCUCCAAAUUUUUCACAAAUAUGUCUAAAGAUGUAAAUUUUCUGCAUGUUGGAUCUUUAUCUAAAAUAUUUAUCAAGAUUUUCAACAGUUUUUUUUUUUUGACUAUUAAAACAGCUCCUAAUUAUUUGUACCCUUAUAGAUGUGGAUUUUUUAGCCUAUAGUAUUUUAAUUGAAAUAAAUUUUCAAAAUUAACAUUAGUUUUUCUAAAAAUGUUAAAAACUAACAACAAAUGUUGUUUUACUUUAGUCCAUUUUCAUUGAUUUUUGUGUUAACUUAGCUCUAGGGCAAAAAAACACUACUAAAACUACUCAGCUAAGAUUCUUUUUUUUAAUCUUCAAUGAUUUAUCAUAUAGCCAGUUAUGUAAUUAAUUUAACCUAAAGUUAAUUAUAUUAUCUUAGUAAUUAAAAAUCAUUAAAUUAUCAUAAUAUAAUCACAAUGUAUUAUUUUUAUUGUUCAAUAUAAAACAUCAUAAUUAAUUAGAAACAUCAGAC